CGCCCGCUCACUUGAUCAUCACCGCCGCCACCACACAGGCAUCGACCGACGAGCAAGCUAGCUUAGCUAGAGCACCCCGGCGGCGAUGGCGGUUACGAGGACGAGGGCGCCGGCGAAGACGGUCCGGGCGGUGAUGGUUCUCCUGGUGGUGGCGGUGGCGGCGGCGGGGAUGAUGAUGACGCGCGGGGCGGAGGCGCAGCAGCAGCAGAGCUGCGCGGCGCAGCUGACGCAGCUGGCGCCGUGCGCGCGCUUCAGCGUGCCGCCGGCGCCGGGGCAGGCGCUGCCGGCGCCCGGGACGGAGUGCUGCUCGGCGCUGGGCGCCGUGUCGCGCGACUGCGCCUGCGGCACGCUCGACAUCAUCAACAGCCUCCCGAGCAAGUGCGGCCUCCCGCGCGUCACCUGCCAGUGAUAAUAUGGCGAUGGCUUGGCAAGUUAGGGUUCGUGCGAGAAGAAGAUUGAAAUAAGAUGUUUGAUGGCAAGCAGUCAUCAAGCGAUUCCUGCAGCUAUCGAUGGGAGUAACAGCAUACGUAGUUGUCUUGUGCGUGUCGUGUCGUGUUGCGUCCUCGUUUCGUCUGGAUCUCCUGAUAACUGGUUGAUCUGAUGCUUUUCCUGGUUGUUGAUCGUUUGAAAUAUAUUAUGCAAUGUCGGGCAAAUUAAUCCAAAUCUGCAGUGACUAAUCGUUUCAAA